AUGUUUGCCAAGCACUCUGUGGACGGAAAGAUAGCUUUAUUCAUUGUAUAUGUUGAUGAUAUCAUUAUUACAGGUGACGAUUAUGAUCAAAUCAAGCACCUAAAGAGUCUCCUAGCCAAGGAAUUUGAAGUCAAGGACCUAGGCCAGCUUAAGUAUUUUCUAGGGAUGAAAAUUGCUCAAACAAAGAAUGGUAUUUCAAUUUCUCAAUGGAAGUACACUUUGGAUUUACUUCAAGAAACAAGGGUACUUGAAUGUAAAACAACCAAUACUCCUAUAGAACCAGCCAAAAGGAGUGAAAAGGACAGUGUACCAGCUAACAAAGAUAGAUAUCAAAGUCUAGUUGGAAAGCUAAUCUAUCUAACUCAUACUAGGCUAAACAUCAGGUUUGUUGUGAGAAUGGCUAGUCACUAUAAGGCAAACCCAACAGAACCUGACAUGAGAAAUGUAAACAGAAACCUCCAAUACCUUAAAGGUACACCAAGCUGA